UCCUCAGUGUUGAAUCAUUCUUGUCUAGCAUUAUGGCUGGGGUGGCAUUGUGUGAACCAACAGAACUGUAUAAUAUGUUGAACCAGUCCACAAAAAUCUCUAGACUAGCAGAACCAAACUAUCUCUGUUUAAUGGAUGCUCGUACGAGGAGGGAGUACAAUGAAAGCCACUUGAUGACAGCGAUACGAGUCAGAAAGAAUCCAUUGGGCAAAUUCAUAGUUCCUCCGUCCGUCAAUCUGGAGUGUGUCCGAUACUGCGUGGUAUACGAUGGCAAAUCUACCUCGGUGGAGGCUGCUUACGACAUGGAUUAUGAUUUGUAUGAAGUGGAUAAAGAUCUAACCCCAUUUGACAAGGGAGAGGACAUCAAAAAAUUAAGAACCAAGCGAUCUUCUGAGGAGAAUGCCCCAGUGGGAUCUGCACCUCGCUGUGCCAGGGUUAUGCAGCAGUUCACCAGUUCUCCAGUCCUGGUCCUGAGGGGCGGGUAUGAAUUGUUCACAGCAACUUACCAUUACCUGCGGACCCAGAAGAUAUUCUGGAUGCCUCAGGAGCUAGAGGCCUUUAAGCCCUACCCCGUGGAGAUCCUGCCUGCUCGCUUGUACAUGGGAAAUUACACCCAGGCCUGUGACAGCCAGAUACAGAAGGAUCUGAAAAUCAAAGCCCAUCUCAAUGUCUGCGAAGAAGCUGGCACAUUUUUCCUUGAAGACGAUGACAGACUGCUUCAUAUCCCCAUUCCGGAUUCUCCAGAUGCAGAGAUCUUUUCCUUCUUUCCCAAGAUUUGCCACUUCAUUGACAGUCAUGUCCACAAGGAAAGAAUCCUGGUUUUCUCCACCAUGGGCAUAAGCAGGUGCAGCACAGUGAUCAUAGCUUAUCUCAUGCAUUCCUGCAGGCUUUACUUAAAGGUAAGUGGAGGCGGAGGGGGCAGGCAGGAUUGUUUCCUUACAAUCCAUAUAUCCUGCCUUUUAACCCUCCUUGGGGUGCUCAUUUCUGGCUGCCAAAAUCCAGAAGCACGACAAAAUGACGUUGCCCUUGUUGUUUGUAAAGCUCCAUGUACUUAGCAAAGGCAGAUAUAAAUAAUCACAACAGUAGUGCUGGCUUUGCACAAAGAAUGUCACCAGGUAAGGCUGGGAAGAAAGACCAAGUUCUUUGGUAAGGAUGUCUUUCCCAUCACCAGACUCUUGAGCUGGAGAUUGAACUUGGGACCUUCAGCAUGCUAAGCCGCUUAGUUACCUGACCAAGAUGCUAGGGGGUGGGGUGGAGUGUCCAGAUCCCUCCUCUGCCUGUUGUUAGAAGACAGAUUCCGCCCCACUCUCCCUGCUACUUCUGCUAUUUGCUUGCUUUUUUGGUAGAAAGCUUGGAGCUAUGUUCAGAAGUGCAAAAUCAACAUGCGGCCCAAUCGGGGGUUUGUGCGACAGCUGUCAGAAUGGGAGGCACGCAUCUACCUGAGCGAGAUCACCGAUAUUGCUGAACCGAAUUACUGACCAAGAGCGG